AUGGGGUAUUCGCAUUUCGACGAUUUCGUGAUCAAGAGCAAGAUGUUCUUUUUCGCUAUAAUCGUUCUCGUUUUCUUGGAGAGACCGGCCGUGGCUGCUAGGAAAUCGGAUCUUUUGACAGAUUUGUUUCCGGCCGGCAGAGAUGAGAUGGUGAAGUGGGCCGGUUAUGGGGAAGAUAAGCUCUCGACGGUCGUGGUUGGUGGAAAGAUUAUCUGCCACGGCGGUGGUGCUAUAGAGAAAGCUUCGCAUCCAGUGUCAGGUGCAACAGUAGUGGUUUUAUGCGGAUCAAGCACGAAAAGGAAGAAAUCGUGGGCUAGAACUGGCACGGAUGAUUCUGGAAACUUCUUGAUCGAUCUACCUUCGCAUCUCCACGCAAUCCCAAACUUGGAAAAAAUAUGCCACAUCAAAGUCGUUCGUCUCCCGAAAACUAGUCCUUGUUGUCCCAUGCGCAAACAUAACUCGAUAAAACUAACAUCGAACGCUGAUGGCAUCCGUAAUUAUACAACUGAAGACAUACACUUGAAGCCUCACAAGCGCGUAUGA